AGGCGACAGGCUGUACUGUUUCAGCUUUGUGUCGUCUGGCACUGAUAGCUGGUUACUUUGCCGGCUGGCAACUUCCAUAGGUUCAGUAGCUACGUAGACCAUCUUCGGCAACGCGUUACGUGCGUCACAGCUGCAUUUGUCGAUCCCUUAGAACUGCGAAGGAGAGUAUAUUUACAUUGCUACUUCUGUAUCCCGUGCAUAGGCACAAGUUACGAAAGCCCUUGUUUAGCUAUGGCGCAGCAGGCAGGGAAAGCUGCGCUUAGGGCAUUGUUUGCCACUAGGACAAGAUGUCAAGCACAGGCCUCCUUGCGUGCACAGCGUCUGCUUGCCGUUCCAGCGGAGGCUUCCGGACGUCCCUUUGCGGCUGUGGCCUGCCCCAGCGAGAGCGCCUCCAUAGCGCCCGCUCAGGACUUUCGCCAUGGCUACAGCUACCAGUCCACAUCCAUGGAAGCCGCACCCGCUGCACCCGCGGGUAUACCCCAGUUCGGCGGCCCCGGCUCCAGCAGCAGCCCCGGCCAGGUGUGGGGGGUGGCCCGGCUGCCCUCCCCGCGGGAGCUGGUGGCGGCACUGGAUGCGCACGUCAUCGGGCAGCAGCAUGCCAAGAAGGUGCUAGCGGUGGCCACUCACAACCACUACAAGCGCAUCCUGUGUGCGCGACGCAACAGCGCCGGCGGCAGGCGGGAGGAGCAGCAGCUGCAUGCCACCACCUCCACCGGCAGCAGCAGCAGCAGCAGCGGCCCCAGCGGCAUGCAGGAGCACCUCACGUACGGCACCCCCCUCAUGGACACAGCCGACCCACGGGUCACCGGGAUGUCGGAGCGCUCCAUGCACCCCCCUCCCCACCACCACCACUACAACGGCAGCAGCAGCAGCAGACCCGGUGACAGCGGCAUGUACAGCCGCUUCGCUCCCCCCGCCGCCAAGGCAGCUCUGGAGGCGCAGCGGCUAGCAGACCUAGCUCGAGCCAACACCUCCUUCCCCUCCUCCUCCUCCCCCUCCUCCUCCCCCUCCUCCGACCCCAUCUCCUCCGAGCUGUCCGCCGCCCUGACCGCCCCCGUGGAGCUGGACAAGUCCAACAUGCUGCUGCUGGGGCCCACCGGCUGCGGCAAGACGCUGCUGGCGCGCAGCCUGGCGCGGCUGGUCAACGUGCCCUUCGCGCUGGCGGAUGCAACCACACUCACGCAGGCCGGCUAUGUGGGGGAUGAUGUGGAGUCCAUUGUAUUCAAGCUGCUGCAGGCCUGCAACUUCAACGUUGAGGCGGCGCAGCAGGGUAUCGUGUACAUCGAUGAGAUCGACAAGAUCGCCAAGGCCUCCAGCGAGGGAGUGUCGGUCACGCGGGAUGUGAGCGGGGAGGGCGUGCAGCAGGCGCUGCUCAAGAUGCUGGAGGGCACGGUGGUGAAUGUUCCCGAGAAGGGCGGCCGCAAGAACCCCCGGGGCGACUUCAUCCAGGUGGACACCCGCGACAUCCUGUUCAUCGUGGGCGGCGCCUUCGUGGACCUGGACCGGCAGAUGCUGGACACCCGCGUGCAGGGCAGCAUGGGAUUCGGGAACAAGGUCCGCCCCGCGGGUCUGGGUCGCCCCGGCGGUCCCCGCCUCAGCUCCGACAUCCUGUCCGACGUGCAACACAGCGACCUGGUGCAGUACGGCCUCAUACCCGAGUUCGUGGGCCGACUGCCGGUGCUGGUGGCGCUGCAGGAGCUGUCCGAGUCGCAGCUGACCGAGGUGCUCACGCAGCCGCGUCACGCGCUGUGUCGGCAGUACGCGCAGCUGCUGGCAAUGAACGGAGCCAGGUUCAGGUACAGUCGUGCCGCCCUGCGUGCGGUUGCGGCCGCCGCUCGGUCCAAGGGCACGGGCACCCGAGGUCUGCGCAGCAUCAUGGAGGGGCUGCUGCUGCACUGCAUGUACGAACUACCCGACACCACAGUGCAGCACCCGGUGGUGUUGCUGGACGCGGCGGGGGUGGUGAGCGGUGGCGGGGCGCGCAUCGUGAGUGGCGAGGAGGCGGCGGAGGCGGUGCAGGCGGACGAUGGGGGCGUGGAGGAUGCGGAGGGCAGCCGGGGAGGUGGGGAGCGGGGGCAGCAGCAGCAGGUGGCGGCGGAGGUGCGGUGAGGGCACACGUGGGGGCACACGUGGGGGCAGAGGAGCUGUUGUUGUUGCUGUUGUCGGUGGUUAAUGGUGGUAGGUGAUGGUCGGUGGUGGCGUCUGGGCUGUGCGGUGGUGAAGGGGGGUGGGGAAGGAAGCAUGGCGGUAGGGUUGAUAGGAGAGAGCGACUGGUUGGUUGGUUGGUCUAUAGAUGCUGGAUACUUGGGUUGGUAUCUGAAAGCCUUGGGACUUAGGCUCUGGAAGCACCCUAAAAGCGAGGUCCGGGAGGGAAUGUGCUGCUGUCCCUGCUGGUUGCAAGCCACCCACCAUCGGGUCCGUGAAUGUAGCCAUGUUACCGAUCCCAGGGGUAGCCCUUGACGCUUUCACUAUUGAGCAUACUUACCUGGCCCGUUUCUCGAGGUGGUCCAGUUGGCCUCGGUUACACGGUUGGACUUCGCCUUGCACUCCGCGAGGGCCUUCCGUGGUCGGCCCUUCGGGUGCCCGGCAGGGCUUAAUUUUUGCAAGGCUGAGGAUCUGCGCACUGCGCGACCUCGGCACCCAAUAGCAACCUAAAGUGUCCUAAUCGUAGUCAGUAGUUGAUGUUUGCUGUUCUUGUUUGCUGGUUCACAGUUCGCGGAAUAGAGGCGUCGUCGCGUCCCCUCUCUGCAUGCCUCUUCCGUGCACCCCCUUCAUACGUACGUGCUGUGACGUGCGAGCGCGCGCGAAUUAGGACGUGCUGCUACUGAUGCUGGGGUUGGGCGCUGGGCUUGUUUUGUUUGUUUGGUUGGUUGGUUCGUGUGCUCGGUGUGCUUCGUGCGCGUGUGGAGAGGAGUUAUGGAGUCCAUUGCGGGAGUGGAGCGAUAGUGUGGUUUGUUUGGUUUAGGUGGAGCGCUCACAUGUACAAAGGAAUGGCUGCUGCGACCGCCGUCCGUCAGCCCACACAUGAUUACAAAAGAAGAGGACGCGGCGACGUUGCGAGCGCGCUUAAGCUGUGGCGUAGGCUUGAUAAUGGGGAGUGCAAAGGGUUCAUGUUUCAUGUUUCUUUGUCCCCCAUGUUGCUGAUGCAGAGUAUGAACGCGUGCUAACGGUUUCCCAGUACGGCUAUCAUGUACGGUUUCAGAGACGUGUCCGUACCUGUUCUGUUGAUUUAGCCAAACAUGUCCCGAAUGCAACCGUGGAUUUGGCAUACCGUAUCUGGCAGACCUACCGGCUGGUUAUCCGCUCUGUUUGUGCGUUUGCGUAGCAACAUGUACGAUACGCAUUUGAGGAGUUAAGCAACAUGGUCUUUAUCAUCAUUUGCAGGCGCGGCAAGUUGACGACGGGUAUGUGCCUAUUUGCGAGGGUCAUGGCCUCAUGGAUAGGCGUCCACAAGCAAUACGGAAAUUCGUGCCUGCUCUAUGCCACCGUUGUUGCUGUAUGCAAAUAGCCUGUGGGGGUUGCUUGCUUGCUUUGUCACCUGGCAAUUUGGAGGGUUUGCCGUCCUGUGGUAUGCAUGCAUGGUUGAGGCGUGUAGGCUGUAGCACGAGUAUGUGGGUUCUCACUUGUAGACUUUGGGCCGCAACCGACGCACCCUGUCACGGGAUGCGUGUUUGGGAGAACCCCAGAGUGUGCAAAGUGUUGCAUGUAUGUUCGCAUGGGGACCAUCAAAUCAACUGGAACGGUCAACAGUUGACUCAUUUAGACCCACUACAUAAUCCAACCGCAAUUAAACCGGAUAUUUUUGGCGGAGCUAAAAUCCAGUGCGAGGACCCGUAGGGGUGAGUGCAUUAGUUGUCGUACAGUUGAGCUUUGGUGGGCAGCUGUGGCGCUCAGCUUUGGUGGGCAGCUGUGGCGCUCAGAGUGUUGACUCCCUUGUUGUUUUUGGUUACGUUGCUUUCUCCCUGGGAACUUAAUUUGUUAUUUUGUCCAGUUGCUGCCCGCCUUUAGUAGUCAACGCUAGUCAACUGGGGACUUGCCUUACCGAGUUCAAGUUUCUUCUUCAUUAGCUACUAACAUAUAUCGGUGGUUAAGGAAGCAGGUCAGCAGCAAGGCCCGUAACAGAAGCGCCAGGCUUUUGGGUUUAGCCUUGCCAGCUUGUCUUAACGCUGCACGCAUGCGUUACAAGUGCGGGGACACGUGACGAGGUCAAGCGGCAAGUCAAAUCCGCAAAACAUGAUGCCAUGUCUCACCAUGUCAC